AGUCACGUGUAGCUGAUGGCUUCCGUGUUGGACAGGGCAGGGCCAAGAGGAGAGAGCGGGGCUGUGGGGACGAGGGAUGGGGCUGGGGGGAAGAUGCGGAGCUCAGCUGCGAUCAGGUGGAGAGGAGGGGUGAGGGUGGAGUCCAGGGACUGGUGGACACACGGGGCUGAGUGUGGACGGCGAAGUCAGCGAAGCCUCAGCCCACUGUGUCGUGCUCUGCCCCGCAGGGCGUGGAUGGCGUCGGGGCGCCCCGAGGAGCUGUGGGAGGCCGUGGUGGGGGCUGCCGAGCGCUUCCGGGCCCGGACGGGGACGGAGCUGGUGCUGCUGACGGCUGCGCCCCCCCCGCCCCCCCGCCCGGGCCCCUGCGCCUAUGCAGCCCACGGUCGAGGGGCCCUGGCCGAGGCUGCCCGCCGCUGCCUCCACGACAUCGCCCUGGCCCACCGGGCUGCCGCCGCCGCCCGGCCCCCCGUGCCCCCACCAGCACCGCAGCCGCCCAGCCCUGCACGGAGCCCACCCCGGCCUACCCUGGCCAGGGAGGAAGAUGAGGAGGAUGAGGACGAGCCAACCGAGACAGAGACCUCUGGGGAGCGGCUGGGCGUCAGCGAUAACGGAGGACUCUUUGUGAUGGAUGAGGAUACCACGCUCCAGGACCUGCCCCCCUUCUGUGAGUCAGACCCUGAGAGCACGGAUGAUGGCAGCCUGAGCGAGGAGACCCCCGCUGGGCCCGCAGGCUACUCAGUGCCCCCGGCCUCAGCCCUGCCCACACAGCAGUACGCCAAGUCCCUGCCCGUGUCCGUGCCCGUCUGGGCCUUCAAGGAGAAGAGGACAGAAGCUCGGUCAUCUGAUGAGGAGAACGGGCCGCCCUCCUCGCCGGACCUGGACCGUAUCGCGGCGAGCAUGCGCGCGCUGGUGUUGCGGGAGGCCGAGGACACUCAGGUCUUCGGGGACCUGCCGCGGCCACGGCUCAACACCAGCGACUUCCAGAAGCUGAAGCGGAAAUACUGAGGCCCAGGGAGCUUCCCGGCCCGGCGUCCGCCCCACCCCCACACUACACCCCUGCCCCGCCCCCGGGGCCCGCCAAUCCGAGUCAGAUCCGGGACCGGCCUCUCGGGCCACCAGGAUUGACCAGCCCCUGCCAACCCCCGCUGCCCUUCCAGUCCACGACCGCUCCCGCGCGGAUGAGCGAAGCCUGUCCAGUUUCCCGAUUGGGUCUGUUUUCUCUCUGCCCAGCGACAGAUUCUUUCUGUUAAGGGAUCGUCUCGCUCCCCGAUCGGGGCGUGGCUAGUUGGCCAACUUCGUCGUUUUCCGCCUAGCAACAAGGGCUUUGCUCGCACGGCAUUGGCUCCAUUCCUGAAAGAGCACAGUCAAGCUCCAGGAUUGGGUAGUGGCCCUCGACUUCAGCACAGUGAACGGGCAGCUCCUUCACUUGAUUGGCUCGAACACUGUAAAGGGCUUGACCAAUCUCCCGAGAGAGCCAUCACCCUUCCUGAGUUCCCCCACCUGAUUGGCUCCACUUCUGGGGGCGUGGCCAACCCUCUUCCUGUGCCCAGGAUUGGCCUGUGGCCUUAAAUUUACGUUCUUUA